AUGAAUUUCUUUUAUGUUAAAAUAUUUUCCUUGGUUUUUAUUUUAAGUAUUUGUGAAUUAUUCCAUACGGGUAACCUUAAUAUUUUCAAAUAUAAAAAUGAAAAGUAUGUUUGUGUAGAAAAUUUCAUAUUAGUUAGAUCACUGUCUGAUGUUUUGAGAGCAAAUAAUUUAAAUACACAAAUAACCGAAUGUGAUUUAAUAAGUGAUAAAUCAGAGAAAAAUUAUUUAAAAAAAUAUAGUAGUUUAAUAAAUAAUACGGAUAAUGAUUAUUAUAAUAAAAGAAAAAAAAAAAGUGAAAAAAAAAUAAAGGAUAAAUAUGAAAGACAUAAUAUGGUGGAAUAUAAUUUGUUGAGAGAUAAAUUAACUAUUGAUAAAUCUUUUGUAUUAUCAGGGUAUAAUAAAAAAAUAACACAUAAUACAAAAACAUAUACAAUAAAAGAUAAAUUAUAUGAAAUGGUUUUUAAAGGAAAAACGUUUUGGAAAUCCUUAUCAUAUACUAUAGGUUAUUUAGGUCUGAAAUCUAGCAUAUAUCUGUUUAUUGGUAUUAUUGUAAAGUUAUGUGACGUGGCACCAGUAACAGCAGCUGCUUUUUAUUUGGGUGCUUGGGGUUGUCUUGUAUUUUUAAUUAUUAUUAUAAUUGUCGGGGUAUGGUUUCUUACUACGUGGUUAUGGGCCCAUAAGGAUAUAUAUAAUAAAAAAUAUGGAGUAUAA